AAGUGUGUUUUGCUGGCUUCUCGCUGCCUGGACGUCACAGUCUCUGCCCGAUGGAAAGCUGACUUUUAGUUUUGUAUCUUUAAACGACACGAAAACACGUCACUGGACUUCGUUGCACUUUAUUUGUCUUGUUUUAAAAAAUAGCAGCGUUUAGGAGGAAAGGGAAGCUAAUGCUAACGGCAGCUAACUAGCUAGCAGUUCCUAACAAAGCAGGCUUCUGUCAUGUUAGCUUAGCUGCUGAGACGUGUUUACCACCAUGGGUUAGCUAGCACGUCUGUGUGGAUGCUGCUCGGUUACACCACCUCCUGUCGGCUGUCAGAUUGAAGCUAACUAGCCUCCCUGGAGGGUUGGGGGGGUUCGGCUCCGUCACCAGCUCCACCACCAAGCCAUGCUAUGAUGAUGGUGCUGCGGCGGCUACUGAGGAAGCGCUGGGUGCUGGGGGUCGUGUUCGGACUGUCUCUCAUCUACUUCCUCACCAGCACACUCAAACAGGAGGAACGAACCAUACGGGACCGCACUCUCCUCGAGGUCCGAGACUCAGACCAUCGAAUCCCCUGGAAGGUCCGAUUCAACCUGGGGAACAGCAGCCGACAGAUUACUCAGUGCAGGAACUCCAUCCAGGGCAAGACGCUGCUCACAGACGAACUCGGUUACGUCUGCGAGAGAAAAGACUUGCUGGUUAACGGCUGCUGCAACGGCAACGCCCCCAGCUCCAGGCAGUACAUUUGUAAAAGCUGCCUGGCCAAUGGCUGCUGUAGUAUCUACGAGUACUGCGUGUCGUGUUGUCUGCAGCCUGAUAAGCAACCGCUGCUCGAGCACUUCCUGAAUCGAGCAGCUGAAGGUUUCCAGAAUCUCUUCUCUGCUGUGGAGGAUCAUUUUGAGCUCUGCCUGGCCAAGUGUAGAACGUCUUCACAAAGUGUUCAACAUGAGAACACCUACAGAAACCCUCAAGCAAAGUACUGCUACGGAGAGAGUCCUCCAGAGCUUCUCCCAGUAUGAGCAUCUCCUUCAGAGUGAAGGACUUCCAGGAGCAGCACUGGGCCCAUGAAGCCUCCUGGUGGGACGCCUGAGGCUGUUUGGAGCAGAGACUCUCUACACAUGAACUGCUGCUGUCUUGGAUAAUUUUGCAUCAUAGUGGCAAAGGAAGGAAAGACAUCCAAGACCAGCUUCGACAGAUAAUGGACAAAUUCUAUAUGUGAUUUGAUUAUUUACACUUCAUAAGUGCAUAGAAUGCUUCAUACAUUCAUCCGUGAUGAUCAUCAGGUUGUAAUAGCCGGCAGCUCAUCCAUCAGGAUUAGCUUCAAACCAGUUCACGUCAUCCAGUAGUCUUCAUUUUUUAAACUGGGAACAUUUAACAGCUGUUUCAAUGUUUCGUUGAAUAUUUCAAACAGCAGAGAAUGUGUAGUUAGGUCUGUGUAUAGUGCAUGCAUAUGGAACAGCUAUUUAAUAAAAGUGACUGUGAAAUAAAAUCA